UAUUGUAAGGAUGUUUCAGCUUGCAACUCCUAAAGAUGAAGCGCCAAAUUUUGCUGUGAGCCGACCAGCCAUUAGAAAGAGCAGGUCUAAGAGGACAUUGGAUGAAAGGUUUAUAAGGAUUUUGAAAAUAUUCAAAUGGGGUUCUGAUGCAGAAAAGGCUCUUGAGGUGCUACAGCUUAGAGUGGAUCAUCGAUUAGUUCGUGAGGUACUGAACAUUGAUGUGGAGAUCAAUGUUAAGAUGCAGUUUUUCAAGUGGGUUGGCAAGAGAAGGAAUUUUGAGCAUGACUCCACCACUUACCUUGCUCUCAUUCAUUGUCUUGAGGAAGCUGGCAGGGUUGGCGAAAUGUGGAAGACCAUACAAGAAAUGGUUCGAGGUCCUUGUGUAAUCAGCCCUGUUGAUCUGUCUGAAAUAGUGAGAACUUUGGGCAGAGCUAAGAUGGUCAACAAAGCCCUUACUGUCUUUUACCAGGUUAAAGCUCGCAAGUGCAAUCCUACUGCAAGCACUUAUAAUUCUAUGAUCAUGAUGCUUAUGCAACAAGGGCACCAUGAGAAAGUUUAUGAACUUUACAGUGAGAUGUGUAAUGAAGGCAACUGUUUGCCUGAUACUGUAACAUACAGUGUGCUGAUAUCAGCAUUUAGUAAAUUAGGUCGUGAUGAUUCUGCUAUUAGGUUGUUUGAUGAAAUGAGGGAGAAUGGUUUACAUCCCAAUUCAAAGAUAUAUACGACUGUACUGGGGACUUAUUUCAAAUUGGGAAAAGUUGAAAAGGCCUUAAGAUUAGUCCAGGAGAUGAAGGAGACUGGUUGUGCGCCAACUGUUUAUACUUACACGAUAAUAAAGGGGCUUGGUAGAGCUGGUAGGGUUGAAGAAGCUUACUCUGUAUUUCUUAAUGUGUUAAAGGAAGGCUGUGAACUAGACGUUGUGCUCAUAAACAAUGUCAUAAAUUUGCUUGGCAAGGUAGGACGCUUGGCUGAUGCUUUGAGCGUAUUUGAAAAAAUGGGAUCUUUGAAGUGUACACCAAAUGUGGUGACAUAUAAUACUAUUCUUAAAUCAUUGUUUCAAUCUAAAGCCCCGGUAUCUGAAAUUUCAUCAUGGUUCGAGCAAAUGAAGGCGAGUGGAGUGGCUCCUAGCUCCUUUACUUAUUCAAUUCUCAUUGAUGGAUUUUGCAAGACAAAUAGAGUGGAGAAAGCUCUGUUGCUGCUAGAGGAGAUGGAUGAGAAAGGUUCCCCAUGUCCAGCCGCCUACUGCAGCUUGAUCAACAGUCUUGGAAAAGCAAAACGGUAUGAAGCUGCGAAUGAGUUGUUCCAAGAACUAAAGGAGAAUUCUGGAUCCUUGAGUUCGAGAGUAUAUGCUGUGAUGAUCAAGCACUUUGGCAAAUGUGGACAUUCAAAGGCAAUGGAUCUUUUCAAUGAGAUGAAUAAAGUUGGGUGCAGUCCUGAUGUGUAUUCUUAUAAUGCCCUCAUGUCAGGGAUGGUAAAGGCUGGCAUGCUAGAUGAAACUCUUUCCUUGCUUCGAACAAUGGAGGAAAAUGGUUGCAAUCCAGACAUAAAUUCCUACAAUAUAAUCCUGAAUGGCUUGGCAAAGACUGGUGGCCCAGAAAGAGCAAUCGAGAUGUUCACAAGGAUGAAAAGUUCGAAGAUAAAGCCGGAUGCAGUCUCCUACAAUACCAUUCUUGGUUCUCUAAGCCGUGCUGGUAUGUUUGAGGAGGCUGCUAGGUUGAUGAAGGAGAUGCAAGUGAAAGGCUUUGAAUAUGAUCAUAUAACAUACUCUUCAAUACUUGAAGCAGUCGGAAAGAUCGAUGAAGAUCGCGUUCAUUCCACUUUUUAGAAUGAUCUGCUUGCAGAACUCUAUCAGGUGCCAGUGCAUAGAGUCAAUCUCUGCAGUGUGUUGCACCUCCUCUAAGAUCUUACCAUGCAUGCUUGGGAGGUAAGUUCGACAUAUAAUAAAGUGAUCUAUGGGAAUUACGAUACUGUUAAGGGCUUCCAUGGAUGAGAAAUGCCAACUUUUUUUAUGGUGUGGUCAAUCAGCCUUGCUUGGACAUGUUACUGUACAGAUACAAUUAAUUGCUUCUCAAAUUUCUUACCCAAGUGUCUGCUAGACGUGCUCAGGCAGCAACUGGCAUGAAGCCUGAAGGUGAAAUUUUUGUUUACAUUGCUUGUGCCAACUGGCAACUCUGUCAAUGGUUUAGAGUUGGAGAUGAGUCUGCAAGUGAUUAUCCCGGCUUUCUCUUUAUCUGCUGGUGGCUGGACUAUGGAAUCUGUUGCUAGGAUCUUGGACGACAUACUUGGAUGAUCCUUUGUCCAUAAUCUUUGUCUGCUAAGCUCUUGUGAUUUGUUUUUUAUAGAAAUUAAUGCUGAUGAAAUAUUUGUCCAUAAUCUGUACUUUGGAUACUGGAUGCUUUGGUGGUAACGUUUUCAAAUGACAUCUUCUUGCUGCUGUUUACCGA